AUGCGCUCCGUGGCAGAAGCCGAAAAUCACUGGUGCCAGCUAGACGACUUCCACUCCCUGACCGAUUUGAAGAUUCAUGUAUCUUCGCACAAGGAGCCACUGAUAACGGCAGGCCUGAGAUCGGUUUGCUGGAAGAUUUUCCUCGUCUUCAAGACUCUCGACCGCUCCUCAUGGCCUACUCGCCUCAGCCACUCGCGCAAAACGUACGAAUCGCUACGGUCACACUACCUCCGCGCCAUACAGAACCCUGACGAGUUUGAAUCUUCAGCGGAUCCACUGAGCGAUAACAGUGAGUCCCCAUGGGUCGCCCUACGAGCCGACGAAGAUCUGCGAGCCGAAAUAUUCCAGGACAUCGAAAGAUGUAUGCCCGACAAUGUCUACUUUCGACAGCCAGCAACACAGAACAUGAUGUUGGACAUAUUAUUCGUCUGGUGCAAGAUGCAUCCAGCCAUAGGCUAUCGUCAAGGCAUGCACGAGAUACUUGCACCUUUGCUUUGGGUCGUGGAAAGGGAUGCUAUAGAGCUCAAAGGUGCGAGCGUGGGCAGUGUCGAUGACACUCUUGCAGAUGUGAUGGAUGCAAACUACAUCGAACAUGAUACGCAUAUGCUUUUCGCAAUCAUCAUGCAGACUGCCAAAUCGUACUAUGCACCAGCCGACUCCGGUUCGACAACAAAGGAUACACCCAUGCUCGCACGAAGUUCCAAGAUCUUCGAGCAUUAUUUACCAAAAGUCGAUGCAGAACUGCACGCGCAUUUGGUCAAGCUUGACAUUGUGCCUCAAAUCUUCUUGCUGCGAUGGAUUCGUUUACUUUUUGGACGAGAAUUCGCGUUGGAUGAUGUCUUCGACAUGUGGGAUGCGCUGUUCGCCAUUGACUCCACGCUGGAGCUCGUGGAUAUGAUUGCUAUAUCUAUGCUGCUUCGUAUACGGUGGAAAUUGCUUGCAGCCGAUACCAACGAGGCUUUCACAUUGCUGUUGAAGUAUCCCGAGCCAGCCACACCUGCGUACACUUUUAUUAAAGAUGCUCUAUAUCUUCGCGAUCACCUCGACGCCCAAGGGGGUACUGAAAUCAUCACACGAUACGGACAGCCGCCACCUGCCAAACGACUCGAACCUGCACCCAGCUUUCGCGAGCCCUCGCCGUCUCCAUUCUCGUCUCACCGGGCACGCAACAGCUUGGGGUCCCCAAGAAGCUUUGUUGGUCAGCAGGGAGCUGGCAUCGAAGCACUCUUUCAAGGUGCGGCGAAGAACGUCCUUGAGCGAGGCUCACAAUGGGGGGUAGGCAAAGCACUGCGAGAUGCUGUAGGCGAGGUAAGAAAGAAUGUUGAGGCUUAUCAGUCAGGUACAAACUCCGGUCAGAGCACUCCAAGAUCGGGAGGGCGUGAAUUUCGAAGACCUGCACAAUUUGGAGCUGCGAACACAAGGCCCGGUCCAGAUCGAGCCUAUUCGGUCAAUGCAAGCAAGAAGAUAGAAGAGCUUGAUAGACGAAACGGUAGUCUAGCCAAGAUGCUGGAGGCCGCUGUAGCCGAUCUUUGGGAGUACCAUAAGGAGCGGAACGAAGAUCAGAAGGUGAAAAAGGCAGAUGACAAGAGCAAGGAAUCUUUGGAAGCUUUGAGCCUUGCUAUUGCAAAAGUGCAGUUUGUGCAGGUCUAUCUCGAAGACUCUUCGAUUCCCCUUCCGGUCGAGGAGGUCACUGAGCAGGCUGCGACUGCAAAAGCUGUCGCAACUCUUUCGUCUUCGGAGGUUCAGUCACCUGCACCUUCGGAGAAUGUACCAGCCGUACAACCAAUCACCGUGACAUCAACAGCUGAAGCUGUACCCAAAGAUCUCAUCAGCACAAAAUCGUCCAUCGCUGCUGAUUCCCAGUCCAUGUCACCAACAAAAGCACAGCCACGAUCGCCCUUGAAUGUAAACCUAUCACCACGCUCCCGGCCUCAUCUCACCUCUUCAAGCUUCUCAUGGAUGUUGGGUGAGGAGUCAGCAUCCUCAGACUUUGCUACUGGCGCAGCUCACUCGACGUUCUCUGCUGACGAGAAACGGCGGAUGAAGGGAAAGGGUUUCCUGUUUGGUGAGGAUGAUGACGACGAAGGUAGCAUCAAGGACGGCAAAAGAGGGAGCAUCAGCAGCAAGUCCAGUUCCAAAGGCGGAAAGAGCGCAAAAAGCAAGCAUGCAUCAGACCAUGCCGAGGUUGAGGAGGAGGUGAUUGACUUGGCCAACAUGGGCGCACGAGGAGUGAUCUGA